CUGCAAGUGAACCUAUACAUAUGGAAAAAUGUGGUACAGUGUGUCUCUUACAAUGAAUAAAUUUCCAAGUGGAAAAUAAAUUUUAAAAAAAAGUAUAAAACUAAUAUGAAAAAGUGAUUUUUCAACACACGAGAACAUCGAUUGAACUCAUUCAAAUCUGUUAAUUAAACAAUUCCAGACAUUCGGAAAGAUAGCUGGAAAAAAGAAAAAUUAUUUAAAGCAAUAACGAGAAAUUAAAUAAAGAAAAUAAUAUUAAAAUGUCAGACUCCGACGAUUAUCACAUCGAUCCACCAAUGACACGCUCGAAAACGCCGUUGCCGAUGAAUUUUUGGCAAAAUGUAAGUGAUCCACCAGUUGUAAAUAAUAGAAAAGCACCACCUAUUAACCGUCCAGCUCCAGCUUCAAUGAAACGAAAAAUGGAACAGGCUGCACAUGUUAAAGAUUUAUUGAAACAAUGUAAAUCUGUGUCAAUUAAUUUAGAACGUUUAUCUCAGCAGGAAAUAACGAGACUAACAAAAAAACAUGAACAUCAUCAUGAACAACAACAGCAACACAAUCAUGUGCGGAAAACUAAAAAACUAGAUAGAAAUCGAUGGCAAAGGGGUUACGUUGACAAGAGAAAAAAGCCAAAAAUUGAAAAAUCCUCGGAUGGAAAUAAAAGUCAAAAUUCUCCCGAAAUGAGACCAACACACAUUUGGGGCUGUUGUCGUAUGAUACCGUUCGAUAGAAAUAGAUUAAGAAAUCAAAAAAGAUUCGCCAUUACAAAUAGUAAAGAAUUCAAUAAGGAAAUUGCAAAACACGAAAUUAGCAAUGAAUCACCUUCUACAUCAAAAGUGAUGACAAAAAAUACAGAAUCCGAGAAACAACUUAAUUCUGAGAAUGAACAGGUGACAAUGAAGAAUGAACAGGUGACAAUGAAGAAUGAAGAGGUGACAAUGAAGAAUGAAGAGGUGGCAAUGAAGAAUGAAGAAGAGACUUGCGUUUGUAGACGAACAAUUCCCUACAAUCGUAAAUCUUGCUACAAAACAAUGUUAAAUUUGCAAAACGACAGCGGCACACAAGCCGGUGGUAGUAAGAAUUCCCGAACAAAAGUUGGUCCAAAAAUAUCAAAAACCCAAGACUAUCAUUUAAUACGAAAAAAAUCCGAUUCAUCACCACCCACAAAGAAGACUGAAGCGAACGAAACAAGAAAAAGUGACGACAGCACCGAAGAAGGUUCAUCAUGGUUCAAUAAUCGUAGUAUGUGGAAAGUGAAACGAAAACAUCGAAGUCGUCGUAUUUCAAGUAGCGAUGAAACAAGCACCGAGGAUGAAAAACCAAGAAAGAAACGACGAAUUUCCACCAGUGAUGAUUCAAUAUCAAAUGAAUUGCCAAGAAAGAAGAAAAAAAUCAUCCGCAGUAAAUCGAAAACACGAACAAGUAGUCAUAAUAAUUUAGAAUUGAAUCAAUCAUCAAUUUUGAAUUAUCUCUACAAAAAACCAAAAACCCCAAUGAAAGAAGCGCGAAUAAUUUUAACACGAUUAGAAAAUAUGCUAAACAAUCCCUACGCGAUUAGAUGGAGAAAUAGAGGCAUUAAAGUUGAAAAAAUCGAAGACGAUCCAGUAGAUCAAGAGGAGGAAGAGGAGGAGGAGGAGGAACACGAAGAGACGGAGAAUUUCCAGAAUGAAAAAUAUUAUCUUCUGCAUGAGGACGGUACAAUGUCGAGUGAACCAAUACCCCAGGAGGCGCUCCUUCAAUUCGGAAAUUAUCCACAAGAUUUCAUUCGCAUCAAUACAUUUAACGGUGAAAUGCUCAACGUUGCCAAAUAUUUGAACAACCUACAAGAAAAUCAAGACUAUCCAGUAGAAAAUAGAAAUCAGGAUCACAAUCAAAAGCAAAUUUCCUACAAUAUUGAAAAUUAUCCAAAAGUAUUGUUAAUACGUCUUGAAACUCUGGUCGGUGCGCUGGAUUUAGAUUAUUCAGCGUCGGAAAUUGAAAUUCUCGAGGAGAAGUACAUUGAUUUUUUGCUAAACUCAAAUUUCUCAUACGACAAGCAAUCGCAAUCGUUUUUCAACGUCUACAAACGUCUUCAAGUAAAACGCCAAAGGGAGAGACAUAACGAAAUUCUCAACGCCUUCACUGAACAGAUAAACACAACAGACAACGAUAUUGACGAGGAUGAUAAAAUAGCCCUGGCAAUGGAUAGAAACGACGACGACGACGACGAUGACGAUGAGGAUGACGACGAAGAAGAAGAGAAUCCACUGGUAAUCGCCCUCGAGAACGAGAGAGAAGAUCUCAGCACAAUCGUCGAAGACUGGGCCUCAGACGAGAGUAACAGUGCCCACGAUAAUGCCGAUCAAUCCAAUCCCACACGCUACUCAGUAGAAGCCCCAUCAUCACGCGAUUCAAUCGAAUUCGUCCCAUGUGAUCCCUACACCGAGGCGGAAAUAAUCAAAGACCCACAAUUCAUUUCGUGCAAAUUUUGCAAAACAACUUUUCCAACAUACCACUCCUUCUCCUUACACAAAGCCAGUUGUCACUCCAAAAACAAAAAACCCCUAAAAUGUGAACACUGCGGCAAUCAGUACAAGUGUAGAAAGAAUCUAAAUCUCCACAUUCAAUUGAUUCACGAUCAAAAUGAUAAACCAAAAUCGAAGACUGCAAAUAAAAAUCGAUCAUCAUCGAGUGUAAAAUCGAACGUGAGUGCUAAAAAGAAGGCGUUACCGCAGGCGAGAAAUAAUUUACGCUGUGGUGUUUGUUCAAUAACCCUCGAGACAAAGGAGAGUCUCUUCGAUCACAUCUAUCAGCACACGGAACGUGAACUCCAGGAGGCAUUCCACGACGCGACAAUACGCAAGAGGGAUGAGGAAAUCCGCAAGGAGCAAAAAGUCGCCUCGGAAAAUGAAUGGGCGAAUAAAUAUGCCCAGUGGAAGGACAAAAUAUUCUGUAAAAAUAAUUCCACCGAGGAAUCAAUGUCCCUUCAGAACGAGGAAAUCACAGUGUGCUCAUCGACCAGCGAGGAAUUGAGGAGAAACGAGAAUGAGAAUGCAACCAGUGUCAUUACGCAUACGAAUGCGAGUGAGAAAGAGGAGACGGUGGUGCAGAAAAUAACAAUGUGUCCAUGUCACAGUAAUGAUACGUCAACAUUAGUCAAUGACGAUAUGCAAAUUGAAAUGGUACUUCUCUGCGAAAUUUGUCAAGUACUCUUUCGACGAUUGGAAUGCUUCGAGGUUCAUUAUAGAGUCAAUAGAUUGUGUAAUAGAGACAGAUCGAGUCGUUUGCCGAAAUUAUUCUGCAGUUCUUGUAAAAUAUUAUUGAAUUCACUGCCUGAGAUGCGACGUCAUUUGGAGAAGCACGCAUUGGUUAAUCGUCAAGGACAUGUUACGUUUUUGUGUAAUAUUUGUAAGGUGAUGUUCUUUGGAAUUGGAUCGUUAUUCUACAGCCAUUGGUUUAAUCACAACAAGGACGUGAAUUUCCUUGCGAGUCGUUAUUCAUUUCCAAAAUUGUCCAUUGUGCCUUGUAUGAAUUUAACGGACAAAGUGGGAAAUUCGAAUAAUAAGGAGGAAUAUCUGUUUGUUGCUGAACACGUCUGCCGUGAUUGCAGAAUACCCUUCGGAUCCGAAAUCGAUUUAGAACGUCAUAAUUGCACUUCACUCGUUCGAAGUGCGCCAGUUGUAUCAUCAGCAGUAAAAGUAAUGUGUUUGGUAUGCAACAAAAUGUUUCCCAAUAAAACUGAAUAUUUCUUGCAUGAAUUAAAUGUAAAUCAUAUGAGAAGCACUAAACCGGAAUACGUGACAAUAUCAACGAAUGCCGGUCAAAAAGCUUACAUUUGCGCUCAAUGUAAAACUGUUCGUAAAACAACUGAUGAAAUGAAAGAACAUUGGACAUUUCAUCGUGCUUGGAGGGAAAAAUUCAUUUGUUCUUAUUGUCCAAAAUUCUUCGACUCUAAUAUUCAUAUUGUUGAAGCACAUUGUAAAAAUUGUUCGAAAGAAAUGAAUUCAUUCUGUAAGGUUUCCUUUGAAUUAGCCACUUUCAAAUGUCAACCAUGCAAUCUUUACUUUGAAACUUCACAAGAGGCGAAGGAGCACAAUUUAAUUUGCCUACGUUCACAAUUUGCAACAACAUCCGAAUCUUCCAAUAAGCAGACUGCUUCGACUGUUAAUUCAUCACUUACUCCAAAUUCCAAAACUUCGGCAAAAAAAACAAAGACUUCACCAUCAAUUCUCAGAUUAACUGUUCCCUCCUCGGCCUUAUCGUCAGUUGCAUCGAAAGGAAAAUCUGUAAAUAAUUCCGAAUCCCAACCUCCAACUAUACUUGAUGGUCUUGCUGCUAAAUUAACAGAUCUACCAUCCAGUUCAAAAGCCAGUAACAGUUUAAGAUCAUAUUUCUCACAGGCAGUUCUUGAUUGUACAGAAGAGGAAAAUGUAAAUUCCACCUCAAAGUCGAAAACCAAAAAUGGACUCGGUUCAGAUGUUGAGGUUAUUGAUAUUCUCUCUGAAACCAGUUCAAAAAGUUCAUCUUCGGACAAAGUUAGACAACCAUCAAACUCAGUUGAUGUGCCUAAAGAUAUGCCUUUAUUGACGGAUAAAAAUAAAAGUGUUUCAAAAACCAGUCCUGGAAAGAAGAAGACGAAAACUUCCGAUCAGAGUAAGGAGAAAAAGGAACAAGCAACUUUAAAAGUUAAAAAGAAUCUAACGAUGACUGCCAUUAAUCCUGAAUUCGAGUCCUUAUUGACUGAACUCGAAGGUAUGGAUAUGAAACAAGGAAAGGAUUCUAAACGUCCAAAGAAAGCGACAAAAAAAGUCUCUAAAGAAACAAAAGGCAAACAACUCACUUUGAAGGAGAUUUUAAAAGAUCCUUUAGAAAAUAACGAAGAAUUACCAUCAUCAGACGCUGGUAGUGUAUCUUCAAAAUCCGGAAAAACAUCCACAUUAUCGGGAAGUAAGACAACUGACAGUCCACUACCGUUUGAAAUGGUUCUUGUGCCAGAGGAAGAGAAUCCAAAAACUGCCAAUGCCACUGUCGAAAAAUCAUCAUCACAGGUCGAUAUCAAUUCAAAUAAAUCAACUCAAAAAGCCGCCAACAGUGCAGAUCCCAAAGAUGCAUCCGAUUCAAAUUCGAGUAUAAUUGAGGAAUACAUCGAGUACAUUAUGAUGGACGUUAUGAGUGAUAGCUCCACAUCCCAAGCGAAAGAAACCUCAACGGAAAAGGUAACCAAACCACCAGAACCACCUGAAGAAACAGCACCCCCCGUUGAGAAAGUAGCACCCACCCGUUUACGUGUACGAAGUCUGGCGGAACUACAAGAGAUCAAAAUGCACCAUCUCUGCGAAACCUGCGGACAGAGUUUCAACGCCGAGAAAGACUUUAUCGAACACACCAAAAAGGCGAAUUGCUCCAAAUCAAAACCCUCCAAACAGAAAUCAAAUUACGAUAUCCAAUACAUUCCGAACCAAAAAACUCCAAUGACAGUAAACUUUAUUCCUCCACUAUUGCCCUUAGGGAAAAAUGUUUCAGUUCCCAGGUCAACAGUUCCACCGACUCUACAUCAAAGUCGACUGAAUUUCCCCCCACAGAACGAAGUGAAUUCCGCCUUUAGUUCCAAUUGUCAUCGUUCUGGUGCAAAUCCGAUUCAAUUGCCGGAACGUGUCGGCGGCAAUGCACCACAAAAACGUCCCUCAGGUGCCGCGACAAGAAUUCAAAAUCUCUCACAUCCGCCGCGUCAACAAACCAUCACUCCAGCAAUGAUACAGCAUCAGGGUUUACCGCACUCGUACACGAAUCGCAGCGCGCCAGUGCGAAUGCAAAUUAGACCUCCUCCACCGCCCUACAAUCCCGGUAUGUCAUCAGCACAACUUCCCUAUCGACCAACCGACGCCUCCACAAGUUUAACCUGUACCACUUGUUUCUUUACUGCGAAAACACUCGCUGAAUUCUCCGCCCAUCUACUAGUGCACUACAUGGAAAAUACAUCCAAUAACGCCGCAAACCCUCAAUUAAAUCCCACCGAUCCAAACACAUCGGCUUAUCAAAAUUCGCAAAUAAUCGCCAGCGAUAUCUACGGUACCUCCUCAGUCGGCACUCCAAAUUCAUCGAGAAGAAUUUAUCAACAACCACCAUCGAAGUACAUCUACGAUUGUCUACUAUGCAGUUUCAAAACUGACAGCAAACCAGUGAUACGCGAACACGAGAAGCAUCAUUUGCAAGCUGAAAAUCUUCAACAAUUACAAAAACAACAGAUGGUUCACAGUACUUAUCAAACGCAUCCUCAACAACAAACGAUACCGCAAAAUGUUACAAUGGUUCAAUCGAUAAAUCAAACGGCAAUUCCAAUCGCCAGCAAGCCAACCAAAGAUACAGAUAAAGGUCCAGUUUUACUCUACUCGAGUGUAAGUAACACUGUUUUUCAAUGUCUCCUGUGUAAUAGUUUCUUUUUCUCCGUACACGAGGAUUUUGCCAAACAUUUACAAACAGUUCAUAAACAAUCGCACAAGGAGAAUAUACAACAAAAUCCAACUGAAAGUGUAUGCUAUGUUUGCGAUUAUUGUGAUCCGCCACAAGUAUUUAAUACUGAAAUUAAUUUGCGUAAGCAUAUGGAAUUUCUGCAUAAUCACAGUUGUCACAUAUGCGGACAACGUUGCACGUCAAGAGAAAUAUUGCAGAAUCAUGUUAUUAGUCACAAAAUGGAUGGUCAAGCUCAAUAGAACAUGUACAUACAGUUUGGACACUUUUUCAAAUAGUCUAGAAUUAUUAUCAGUAAUUAAAAAAAAGACAUUUAGAAACAUAAUUGAAAAUAGUAGAAAGAAAGGAAGUUCGCUUAAAUAUUAACCCUCUGGCAUUGCUAACGAUUGUUAAUGUCAGAUUGGACGCGAUAAGUUAGUAACAGCAGAAGGUUAAUUGAAAGUAUUUUAAAUAUUUUUAAAUUCUCCCAUGAUCUUAUAAAUGGGUUCGAAUAAUUAAUAAGUUCUCAAUUUCGUGAAUUUCAAAGUUUGUGUUGUUAAAUUGAUUUGCCGGAUAAAAUUUCGUUAGCAGUUUUUUUUUAAUUUUAGGAGAUUUUAGGGGCUAACUAAAGGAGCAUUCAGACCUCUGCAGACUGCCUGCCUGCGCAGGCAGAAGAUCGUUCACACCUCACUUUUCGCGUUGAAAAAUAAGGGGAGAUUUGAAUUUUAAUAGAUAUUCAAAUCUUCCCUCAUUUUUCAACGAAAAAAGUAAGGUGUGAACGAUCUUAUGUCUGCGCAGGUAGGCAGCCUGCAGAGCUCUGAAUGCUCCUUUAAUGGCCAUCAAAAUUUGAUGCGUGUUCAUACUAUCCGGCGGCUCAAUUGUUUUGAUAAUUGAAGCAAGAAAGCAAAAAGUAAGUGAAGCAAAAGAAAUUAUAAAAAAAGAAAACAAGGAGAAACAAGCAAACAGUGCCUCUAACAGUUUUGACAGUGUACUUUGUUCGUAUCGAUAAAAAAAAGGUUAUAGAAAUAACUUUCCAGACAGUGGCCGUCACCAGAAGCAACUGCGCUUGCGUCACUACAAAUCUCUCAUUGGUAGAAAAAAACACGCUUAUUUAAAGUGCUUUAAUAUAGUUAAAUAUUGUUGUUCUGAGAGUUGGCCGAGUCAGAAGUCAUUUAAGAAGAAGAAGAUAUUUAAAUAUCAAAAGAAAAACAACUUCAAAAAUGUAAUGCACUGCGAAGAAAGAUACCUUAAGAGGCAAAUCAUUUUAAGGUUAUGCUGGUUUUAUUUUUACCUUAAUUAAAAGUUUUUGUUUAAUUCUGCAAAAUUAAAAUCAGUUUUUAUUGAUUAUUUUUUAUAUAAUGAAGACUUAAAAAUCGGUGUUGAGAGUUGGUCCACUUUAAGUAUUUUCUUUUCAAAAAUUACAUGAAGACUUAAAAAUCGGUGUUGAGAGUUGGUCCCCUUUAAGUAUUUUCAUUUAAAAAAUUACAAACAUAACCUAACAUUUUUUUAUUCUUGGGCACCUUUCUUCGGAGCUCUUCACAAUAAUAAUCCAUAAAACUGAUAGUUAUUCCUUCUAAAUAUUAACCUUAAACAAAUUUAGUAAAGUUGAAUGUCGAUAAGAAAACAUUUUAUUAAACUUAAAAGUACUUAAUUUUAUAAAUAACUCUUUUUACUGUUUUCUUGAUAUUUUCAAAUAAGCGCGCUAUUUUCUACCAAUAAGAAUAUUCCUGAAGUUAGCGUCGACGCUCAGCAUCGAAAACUAUUGUUUGGAGUUUUUAGAGAUGAAAAUGUCACCAAUUUCACUUCUUCCAUUCAUCUAGGGAAUUGAAAAAUUAUUCAAGGCAGUUUUUCUAAUCUACAACCUUUAAAAGAUUGUUUUUGAUUCUUUUAGAUUUCAUGAAAAAAAAAUGUUUUUCAAUGCUCAGCGUCGAUACUAACUUCAGGAAAUUAAAAAUAAGGUCAGAUCAGCGCAAGAGCGGCUGCUUUUGUUGACAGUCGUUGGCAUCUCUGGAAAUUGAUUUUUCUAUGGCCUAAGAUAUUUUACCUAAAUCCGACAAGAGUCCUGGUGGCAUGUGGACUAACUAGAAAAUCCCAUUAGUAAAAAAAGAAGAGACGUAUUUCCGUCCUUUUCUUACUAAUGGGAUUUUCUAGUUAGUCCACAUGCCACAAGGACGCUUGCCGGAUCCAGAUAAAUUAUCCUAGCUAUGGUAACGGUUGCUGGGGAAAUAAUUGCAAUGUUAAGCAUUGUCAUGACAACUAUAUUGCUUUAUGGAGACUAGACUACAAGAGACCAAAGAAAAUAAAAGUAGUUUUUUUUAAAUAAUUCAUUUCAAGCCGACAUUUGUCAUUUGUGGUGUAAGCCGAGCAUCUGAAGAAUGCUUAAGGCAUUGACUUCACUUCAGAAGUGUUUAUUAAAUUUUAGCUUAUGUUAUUCCUAAAUUGUUUCUUAGGCUGUUUUCGGCAUUCACUCCGGGUUAACUCUGGAUUAACGUUGGUCCAAUCAUCAAUGUCUCUUGCACUUAAUGGUUUCCGCUUUCUACCGAUGCUUUGACGCUGACAUGGGAUUCCACCCUAACCCGAAGUUAACUCGGGGCGAACGCCGAAAACAGCCUUAAUAACUAAAUUGUCUACUUUUCUUCAAAUUAAUUAAGGAGCCGAAUCACUUUCAUCAAACCACGUUUAAAAUUUAAUUUGUCUUUUCAUUUAAAAAUAGUGGAAUCCAUUUCCAAAUGAAUGAAAAUACAUUCAAAAUAAUGUUACGAAUUGGUUUUCUAAACCUUAGGCGAAAAUCCACUUCCAAAGGAAUGGAAAUGCAUCCGAAAUAUUUUUACGAUUUGGUUUUCUAACACCCCACACCUCCUUCUUGAUGAUCCUUUUGCCAUCGUUUUAAAUAUUAAAAUUUAAAAAAAGGGAAAAAAAUAAUACUACUUUGAUCAAUUGUAGUCCAUUUCCAUGUUUACGACACCGUACCAUGUUUUAGUUUGAGGUUAUGUCUGGCAUUCGUAUUAUAGCGAUAAUUCGCUUCCAAAGGAAUGAAAAUCCAUUUGAAAUAUUGUUACGAUUUGGUUUUCUAACAGCUCCCACUUUUUCCUUGUUGAUCCUUUUGCCAUCGUUUGAAACAUUAAAAA